GGGUGAAACGAUAGCAGAAACAGUUGUGUGAUGAGUCAGUUGACGAAUGCAUAUUUUACAUUUUAAUAAUAAUAAAUCAUAAUGUAGUGUCAGUUUUUCCAUAAGCAAAAAUAAAGAUUCUUAAUUGUCAUUUUUGCUUUUGUCAUCGCGUGUCGUCGUCAUUUUAAAAUGUCGGUGAACGAUCCGUUAUUGAAAGAAUUGAAAGGCCAUGUGUUUGAUUUAAGAAGAUAUUCUUUGAGUGCAGAAGUAACUGAUAGCAAUGCAUGUCUAUUGCCGUUUUGUGAAACCCUUGAAACUAUACUCAGAAAAGGACUCAAAAGUGUAUCAUCAGCAUUUGGUCGCAGUAAAAGAGAUUAUUGGCAUUGGAUUGAAAAUUUACAUUCUGAAAAAAAUCAUGAAAAGUUAUCAUCAGCCAUUUGUGACUGUAUUAAUAUUGUGAAGGAAAAUAAGAAGGUCCAUCAUAGCCAAGGAAAAGGAAGAUUAUUUCUUCGUAUUGCUAUGAUGAAGAAAAUUUUGUAUAAGACCUUGGAGUAUUUUUUACAUAACAAUGACAAUAUUCAGUUAGCAUAUGAAAAAGAUUCAAUUAUGUGUGAUGAAAUCUUAUCAGAGAUUUUUCUUUCAUUGAUAUAUGAAGUAAAUAAUGUAAAAUUCAAAUUGACAUUAAAGAAUGCAAGUUUUCUUGAUGAAACAUGGCAACUUGGAGUAUAUAAAAUGUAUGAAUUUGUUCCAUGCAAAGAUUUGGGAAUGAGUUUAGGGUUUGUUAAAGGAAGGCCAAUUGUUGUCAAUGUCGAAAAAGGAAGUGUUGCUGCUGAAGAUGAUCAGAUUGAAGUAGGAGAUAUGUUAGAUGAGUUAUAUGGAAAGCCACUCUAUGGCUGUAGAAAAGGAAUGAUAUCUUCUUUAUUAAAUACUUUUCAAGGAUUGCCUAUUUAUAUAUGUGUUGUAAAGUGCUUAUUUUGGAAUGGCUACAUUUUUCCGCCUUUACGUCAGCAUUUAAUGCAGUUACAUCUUAAUGUUAAUCAAAUUGAAGAAAAGUUUCAUCGUACAUUAAUAAAAUUAUCAGAACUUCAAGACAAAAAUUUGGAUUGUAAAUUACCUCUCAAUUCUCAAUUGUCAAGACACGAUAAAAGUGAUAUUUUUGAAAGAGAAACAGUGAGUUCUGGUUAUUCUGUUGUGUUUUUGGGGUGUGAAGUUGUUGGACAAGACCAUGGAAUGGCUGAAAUUGGGAAAGCAAUUGAUAAAUUUCAGAACAGUCAAGAUAAAAAGGAAGCAUAUUUUUAUAUAAAAGAAAUAAGGAUUAUAGCUACAGAGAAAUUAACCAAUAAGAAUAUUGUGUCUAAGCAUUAUACAGAAAUAUCUUCUUGUGGAAGGAGGACAGAUUUUACUAAAUAUUUUGCAUUUAUUGCAGGUGAAACUUUAUGCACAAUUGCUAAAAAUUUUGUUUGUUAUGUUUUUGAAGCAUCAACUAUAGAAGAGUACGCUACCGAUAGUAACACCAUGUUACCGGAAGACGAAGAUAGGAAACGACAUCUUCAAGGUUACUUAGUUGGAAAGGUGUACCCUCACAAGAAUCUAAAUUCUUCUGAUUAUAUCUAUCUACUGAGGCAUCAUCUUCGUUCUGAUAAUAAUCAAGAUGCAACAGAUAGGAGCACGACUAAGAACAUCCCCGAAAUAUGCGAAAUAUUACAAAGAUUAAAAGAAGAUCUCAGAAGUUCCAAAAGUUUUAUCGACGAAUUUAUCAACGAAACUAACAGAGGUGUGAAAUGGUUGUUGGAUCUUCUUCGUUUGUGUCCCGAGAAACGAGACAAGACUCACACAUCCAGAGACAAACAAUAUUCUUUAAAACGUUCUUUGACGGAAGAAUAUGAUUGUUUACUGUGUUUAAAAUUAAUUUCCGGAUCUUCGAAAGCAAUCGAAGAAAUGACAGAACAUAACGAUGGACUUUCUACCAUAGCUAAUUGCAUUAUGAGUAAUUACAGUAAGUCUCGUCUAGUAGCAUUAGAGUUACUUACUAAAUGUUGUAACACAAGCUCUCGUGGUUAUAACAAAGUGUUAGAAGCUAUGUCUCAAAUAAGAGUUAUUUAUGGAGAGUCUGUCAGAUUUAAAUUUUUGGUGGCCAUCUUGAAUGGAAAUGUAACUACUCCUCCCGGAUUUGAGAGGAUUACUUUGUCUUUUCUUAAUACUUUACUUAAAAAAUGCCCGAAAUUAUCAGAGAAAAUAAGAUUACAGUGUGAACUAGAGGAAGCCGGAUUGGAUAUGAAAGCCAUCGAAAUUAAAAUGCACGCAAAAAACGUAGCGAGUGACGACGAAAUUUGGAGCGAAAUUAAAAAAUGGAAAGAAAAUUGUAUCGACGUAGAGAACGAUAUGGGAGAAAGACGUCAUUUAUCAAUGGAAAACGUGAAAUUACAACAAGAGAUCAUACUAUUGAGGAAAGCUCUGAAGAAAUUAGAAGACGAUAAAAUAUGUUUAAUGCAAAUCGAGAGAGAGCUCAAAGAAAAAUGCGACGAUUUGGAUCAAGAAGUCACCAUUUUAAGGAAGGAAUUACAAGAUACUAAAAGUGCCCUGAGCAUGGUCAAAGGAAAUGCCAGUGAUUCCAGCGAAGUGGUGACAGAUUCUGGUAGACACAGCUCUAUAACCGACGACUAUUUCAUGGCGGAAGAGAAUAAUCAAGCAGAAAACGAAGAGAUUUUGAUCGAUAUCCCUACAAUUAGACCACCCAUCGGUUUCCGAUCGGCCACAGACGAUUACGUAUCUGACAAGGACGACAAGAAACCAAAAAAUGGUUCCAGAAGAGACGACGAUUCGGCUCUCAGCGAAUCGGAUUCUGAUAGUGCCAUCACGUGGCAGUACCCAGCUUUGGUUCCAGAAACUCGUAGCCGAUCCGCCGACAGAAGUAGCAAGUCCGGAAGUCAUCGAACUCCACGUAGCAGGUCGGAGAAUAGGUCGAAGGUCAAAGGCAUCACGUCCGUAGAAGAUACUUAUUCUAGUGGUUUCUUUUUCCGCCCGGCGAGUAGUCACACUUCCGGACACGUUUCCAACGAAUCGUUCGCAUCUCUACCUCCGGAUCUUCUGUCGGAUGUUAAAGAACGACAGGGGAGAUCCCCUAAGUCGUUUCCGCUUCCUGUUUCGUACAGGAACCAUUUCGUACUGCGAGGGCACAGCAACUGUGGUAAAUAUUCCGGAUCCGAGAACAAAAUCGAUAUCAAGAUUCCUACUCCCGAUUAUGCGGAUGUACAGAAUCCGGAUGAUGGAGUGAGCGCUCUUGUACACCGCGAAAUUACAGAAGCCGUCAGACAAAUCGGGGGUUGGUUAUAAACACCGAAAAUAUACACCCCCUCACCUUUUUUACAGUCAUAUCGAUAACGAAUUAAUGUAAAAUUCAAUUU